GUCACAAACCACAGAAAAUAUCAAUGGAUCUAGUCAUCUAGCAAAGUGAUACUAGAGAAAAUCUUCCUCGAGAUUUUUCUUGGACACAAGACAAAAAGCUUAAUUUCUAUCUUGAAGUAGUGUCUCAAAUCAUCUCAAAGAAUAGGUAGUUUCCAAAAUCUAAAUCAUUCAUCCCUAUAUCUCAUCACCUCAGACGUCAUCUUUUAUGUCUAUGUCCUGUAUCCUUCUUGAAAUCUCUCAGUUCUAUCCCAAUCAUGCAUGUGCAUACAAUACAUAUAUGUUUGUAGGAUCCUCAGUCCUCACCACAACCUCGAAUUCACUCAUACCAACCAGACAAUGGCUCAACCUCACUUUCUCCUUGUAGCAUUCCCUGCCCAAGGCCACAUAAACCCUGCCCUUGAGUUUGCGAACCGUCUUAUACUCAAUGGUGCAUGUGUUACUAUGGUCACCUGUAUCUCUGCACGACAGCGCAUGACCAAGAAGUUGGUUCCGGACAGCUUGGCAAUUGCAUUGUUCUCUGAUGGCUAUGAUGAUGGGUUCGAGGCGACUGAUGAUGACGAUGCUCCUAAUCGGUACUUGUCUGAGGUAAAGCGACGGGGCUCGCAGUAUAUCACUGAACUGAUAAAGGCAACUGCUGGAAAUGGAGGGCACCCAUUUACUUGUUUGGUGUACACUUUACUCAAUACAUGGGUGGCAGAGGUGGCAAGAAGGUUUCAGCUCCGUUCAGUGCUUCUUUGGGUUCAGCCGGCGACAGUUUUGGACAUUUAUUACUACUUCUUUAGUGAGUAUGCUGAAGAUAUCUCCAAUAGUAGCAGCAAUGGUGAUCGGGUUGAACUACCAGGAUUACCAACACUCGAUAGCCAUGAUCUUCCCUCUUUUCUGCUCCCUUCCAAUACCUACACUUUUGGACUUCCAUCGUUUCGAGAGCAGCUAGAGAGGUUGUCUGAGGAAACCAAGCCGACAAUACUUAUCAACACCUUUGAUGCAUUAGAAUCUGCGGCCUUGAAAGCCAUUGAAAGCUUUAUUAUGGUAGGAAUAGGACCAUUGAUUCCAUUAAUUGAGAAAGAUUCAAGCAAUGACUUGAAGGAAGAUUAUAAGGAGUGGUUGAAUUUGAAGCCCAGCACCUCGGUUGUUUUCGUAUCGUUCGGAAGUAUUGCUGUGUUAUCCAAGCAACAACAGGAAGAACUCGAACGUGGGUUGCUGGAUAGCAAGCAUCCUUUCUUGUGGGUGGUAAGAGAACAAGAAGAAAAAGAGAAACUGAGUUGCAGAGAAGAGUUGGAGCGACAAGGAAUCAUAGUUCCAUGGUGUUCUCAGGUGGAGGUUUUGUCCAAUCCAUCAAUAGGAUGUUUUGUAUCCCAUUGUGGAUGGAACUCGACCUUGGAGAGCUUGGCUGCAGGAGUGCCAAUGGUGGCAUUACCACAGUGGGUGGAUCAACCCACAAAUGCAAAGAUGGUCGAGGAUGUGUGGAAAACCGGGGUGAGGGUUGUAUACAAUGAGGAAGGGAUAGCUCAAGGAGAUGAGAUCAAGAGAUGCUUGGAGAUGGUCAUGGGAGGAGAAAAAAGUGAGGAACUGAGAAGGAAUGCAAGGAAAUGGAAACAUUUGGCAGCAGAGGCUGUAAAGGAUGGAGGAUCUUCGGAUAAAAACCUUAAGGCUUUUGUUAAUGAGGUUAGACAAGAAUCUCAGACAAGAAGUUGGGAUUCCAACUUACAGUGAUAGCAUACACAGGAUUCAACUAGGCAGACACGGAAUUCAAAUUACAACUUGCAUACAUAGCAGCAGAAGAAUUUCUAUGUUUCAUGCUUAUCAGUAAAAUAAAGGAAGAAUUUAGAUAACUAUUGUACAUUAUUAAAGUAAUGCAUUGUAUACAGCCUCCGCCUCAAAUCUGAUCAACUAGAUCUGACCACAUGAUCUUAGAACAAUACAUUCAUGAUAAAGAAGUUUUCCAGCAUAUGUAUCAAGACAAUUUUGCCAAGAAAUUUCAUUCUGAAAUUAACCUCGA